UCAUAGCUGUCUGAAUGUGAUCUGCCUGGUCCAAUUUACCUCCGCUGGUGUCAGAAAAAUGAACAUUUACAGUGACAGAAAAAACAUACUAGCAUUUUCACGUAGUAAAGGGGUGCACCAUCACCAUCAACUCUUGGGGAAAAAUACUUUCUGUGCUCCCGCACGUAAUCCAUUUUGAUUGACUCUUCUCAGUAGCUUCAAUGCAAACAAAGUUAGAUGACAAAAUUUGGAAGAGCGGAGCUCUGAAAAGGGCGGGGCUGAGUAAGGUGAAUAGUGCACCAUUUAUAUGGACUACUUUUAUGCUAAAUUUUUAUGAUGCCUUUUUUGUCCUUUUUGGAGCUUGACAAAUGGACAGCCGUGUGGAAAGGAGCUUCAAGAUUCAUUCAGACUUCCAAAUUUCUACUUUUGUGUUUCACAGAAAACAAUAAAGCCAUAGGGGUUUGGAAUGACAUGAGGAUCUCUAAGGUGGACUUCAAGGACUCUGUGCUGGUGCUGGGAUUCAGCGAGGAGCUCAAUGAACUUCUCCUGCAGCUGUAUUUAGAGAACAGGAAGGAGAUACGACAGAUCCUCAGCAAACUCGCCCCCAGCCUCCCCCAUUACCACAACCUGGAGUGGCGACUCGAUGUUCAGUUGGCCAGCAGGACUCUCAGGCAUCAGGUGAAACCCACUGUGACCAUGAAGCUCCACCUGGAGGACAAAGGGCAGCGCAGCGCACGUGUGCUGCAGACGGAUCCCGCCACGCUGCAGCAUCUCAUUCAGGAGCUGGAGCGCGCUCUCGCCGAGCUCAAGAGCAACCACUGCCGCCGCAUUCUCCGUAAUAUCAAAUAGUGCCACACUGCAGUCACCUGCAGCAGAAAGAAACAUUGGAAAGAAUAAAAACUCCCAUUGCUACAUGUGCAAAUAUUUCAGGAUCUGCCUUUACUCAGGAAGGAAUGAUCUUGUAAUUGACGCACCCAGUUUUGCAAUUAAUCUUGUAGCGUGCACACCAUUGCAACAGAAAACCAGAGUCUUUAAGUGUGCACAGGGUGACAACCUUCAGUUUUGUAGUGUGUAUUUGGCUUUAAAUCAAUUUAAUUAAUCAUAAACCAUUAUAAUGAUGGAUAAUAAGCCUUUGAGUUGUUUCUUGUGGAGAAUCGGUGCAGAUUACAUUGAUUACAUGUUUAGUUAGUGCCAUAAGUAUUAACUCUUGCCUUGUAUUCAGUCCAUGAAUUUGUUUUGAUGUCAUUUUGGGGGUUCACAUCCCAAGCAAAAAUGUAUAUGAUCAAUUUACUGAACUGUCAUUGUAGAUGCAUUUUUGCACCGGGUUCAAUAGAAGUUAUGCUCAAUUGACAGCAUUUCUAGCAUAAUAUUGAUAGCACAGAAAAUAAUUUCAUUUUGUCCCUUGUUUAUUUAAAAAUAAGCAACAUUUGUGGUCACAGUAGGACACUUUGCAUUACUUUACAUUUACAUUACUUCUAAAGAUUUUCUGAUAUGUCCAUUAUGUUGACUAAUGUGGCCAAGUCCAUUAAACCGCCUUAUUUUCUCAUGGCACAUUGUACUGUUAACAUUCAAAGUGUUCUCAUGAAUGUAGUAUGUGCGUUUAGUUCUUCGUCCAUUCCUGUAACAAAAACAUGAUUUGUCAAUCUCUGCAUUUAUGAUUUUAUAAAUAAAUGCAAAAACAGACUGAAGCAAAA